AUGUUAAGAACGUUCUUAUGUUUGUUGGUGUUGGUUGAAAACAUUUUGUGCUGUACCAUAAAAACUUGGAAUCCCUUCCAUCCAAGAAAUACACAUUUUGCGGCAUUAAUUUUAGCAAGAGGCGGAUCAAAAAGUAUCCCAUUAAAAAAUUUAUCUCUAAUCGGAAAUUUAACCUUACUAGAAAAAUCAUUGGGUGUAAUCGAAUCCGCUAAAGUAUUCGAUUCGAUUUGGGUAUCGACUGAUAACGAAGAAAUCGCAUUAAAAGCAUCAAGAGUUAACGUUCAUUACAACGUAAAUAAUAAUGUUUCGGGGGAUUUCUCGUCGUCGAUUGACGCAGUAAAAUAUUUCCUAACGUUUCAUAAAGAAAUCGACAUCCUCGCCUUAGUUCAAUGCACUUCGCCUUUUUUGAAUCGUAAUCAUUUAAAAAGGGGCGUCUCGAUUUUAAGAUCGGGCGAAGAAUGUAGUUUUGCAGUCACAAAGAAUACCAAAUUGCAUUGGGGGAGAACUUCGAAUGGGAUAUUUCCGGUUAAUUUUGACCCAAAAUCGCGUCCGAGACGUCAAGACAUUAAGAAUCAAUUUACGGAGAAUGGAAUGUUUUAUAUUUCGACGAGAAAAUUUCGUGAUUUUAAUUUAAGUCAUUUCAACGUUCUUUAA